CCGGCGGGAGGGCGGGGGCUGAGGGGCCCGAUGCUGCUACUGCCGCCGCCUGCGGGAGACGCCCGGCCCGAGGCCCGUGCACCCCAGGAUGAAUGAAAUGAACCUGAGUUCAGUAGGGAUGGACCAGCUGACCUCAUCCUCUGUGAGCAAUGCCCUGCCUGUCUCAGGAAGUCACCUGGGACUUACUGCAUCACCCACUCACAAUGCCAUACCGGCACCAGGCUUGCCUGUUGCAAUUCCAAACUUGGGCCCCUCCUUGAGUUCCUUGCCCUCUGCCCUAUCUCUGAUGCUCCCAAUGGGUAUUGGAGAUCGAGGAGUGAUGUGUGGUAUACCAGAGAGAAACUACACCCUACCUCCACCACCUUAUCCUCACCUGGAGAGCAGCUACUUCAGACACAUUCUACCUGGUAUUUUAUCUUAUUUAGCUGACAGACCUCCACCUCAAUACAUCCACCCCAACACUAUAAAUGUUGAUAGCAAUCCAGCUUUAUCUGUCUCCAAUAAUCCUUCAGCCCUAGAUCCCUUCCAGCCCACUGGAACUGUGGGACUGGAACCAGGGAUUGUCUCCAUGGACUCUCGUGCAGUGAACACACACGGUGCUCAAAGCCUGCAUCCUAGUGACAGCCAUGAGGUAGCACUGGAUACCACAAUCGCUAUGGAGAGAGUUUCGAGGGUAACCAGUCCAAUAUCUACUGAUGGGAUGACUGAGGAGCUUACGAUGGAUAAUGUAGCUGGGGAUCAUUCACAAAUCCCAAAUGGCUCCCGGAAUCAUGAACCAUUAGCUGUGGACACGGUAGGCAGUAACUUGGCUUCAGAUGCAGUGGGUCAUAGUGGUGUCAUACCCAUUCAUGGUAGCACUUUGGAGCUUCCUGUUGUCAUGGAGCCUGACCACAUUGCAGGCCGGGUAAGCGGUAUAUCAGACAGCACACUAAAUGACUCCAUACAUACCGUGGCCAUGAGCACCAACUCUGUGAGUGUGGCGCUCUCUACCUCACACAACCUAACUUCCCUGGAAUCUGUCUCCUUGCAUGAAGUGGGCCUUAGUCUCGAGCCUGUGGCUGUCUCUUCCAUAAACCAAGAAGUAGCCAUGGGGCCAGGCCAUGUGGAUGUGUCUUCAGACAAUCUUGCCUUUGUACCAUCAUCUCUGCAAAUGGAAGACUCCAAUUCAAACAAGGAGAAUAUGGCUACCUUGUUUACCAUAUGGUGCACGCUGUGUGACAAGGCCUACCCAUCAGACUGCCCAGAUCAUGGGCCUGUAACUUUCAUUCCUGACACCCCAAUAGAGAGCCGAGCCAGACUUUCUCUCCCAAAACAACUUGUUCUCCGGCAGUCUAUCAUGGGACCUGAAGUUGGUGUGUGGACUCGCGAGACUGUUCCUGUGAGGACUUGCUUUGGACCUCUGAUUGGGCAACAGAGUCACUCUUUGGAAGUAGCAGAUUGGACAGACAAGGCAACCAAUCACAUUUGGAAGAUGUACCACAAUGGCGUCCUGGAGUUCUACAUCAUUACAGCUGAUGAAAACGAGUGUAACUGGAUGAUGUUUGUACACAGAGCCCGGAGUCGGGAAGAGCAGAAUCUGGUAGCUUAUCCCCACGAUGGAAAAAUGUACUUCUGCACCUCGCGGGACAUCCCUCCCGAACAAGAGCUUCUCUUUUAUUACAGUCGGGAUUAUGCUAGACAGACUGGUGUCCCUGAACACCCAGAUGUGCAUGUCUGUCACUGUGGAAAGGAAUGCACUUCCUACACAGAGUUUAAGGCCCAUCUGAGCAGCCACAUCCAUAACCACCUCCCCAGCCAGGGGCACAGCAGCAGCCAUGGAUCAGGCCACAGUAAGGAAAGGAAGUGGAAGUGCUCCAUGUGCCCCCAAGCUUUCAUUUCUCCUUCCAAACUUCAUGUCCAUUUCAUGGGACACAUGGGCAUGAAGCCACACAAGUGUGAUUUCUGUAGCAAAGCUUUCAGCGAUCCCAGCAACCUCCGGACUCAUCUCAAGAUACACACAGGUCAGAAAAAUUAUCGCUGUGCCCUCUGUGACAAGUCGUUCACCCAAAAGGCUCACUUGGAAUCACACAUGGUCAUCCACACCGGGGAGAAGAACCUGAAGUGCGAUUACUGUGACAAGCUGUUCAUGCGGAGGCAGGACCUCAAACAGCAUGUACUCACCCACACACAAGAACGGCAGAUCAAGUGUCCCAGGUGUGACAAGCUGUUCCUGAGGACAAAUCACCUGAAGAAACAUCUCAACUCCCAUGAAGGAAAGAGGGACUAUGUGUGUGAAAAAUGCUCCAAGGCUUAUCUAACCAAAUACCACCUCACUCGCCACCUAAAAAUCUGUAAAGGCCCCACAUCCAGUCUCUCAGCCCAGGAAGAGGAGGAUUCGGAGGAGGAAGAAUUAAUAGAGUCAGUGAGGACUGAAGACUGUAGGAUUAACAGUGGAGUGUAUGCAACAGAUGACUCACUCUCUGGACAUAAGUGACAAAAGAUGGAGGAAAACUUUAGAUGUAAAAUUGGGGAGGAAAAGUCACUCUCCUUUCCCCAAACAUCAUGUUUUUAUCAAUGAAACAUUAUAUCCCUAUUUAAUAAGCCUUAUGGCUACAACUCUGAAUGAGAAUGGAUGAUGCACUUAUCUGUUGACAAGGAACAGUUUCCAGUAAGGAGAUCAUAAAAAUACACUGUGCACAGACUGAUUCUUGUCUUUCAUAUAUUUUGCUCAUAAACACUGACAAAGUUACCUUGCUCCAUUAUUUGGAUGGAAGAAUCAUGAAACAAAAAUGUGAUUUGGUUACCAUAGGAGCCAACAGUCUUGAAUUGCUAAAGCCAUGAAAGUAUGUUGGGGAUUUAAAAGAAAAAUGACUGUGUAUUUUGA